AUGGCACAGAGCACACUCACACCACCCCCGUCGCCCCGAGUAAUCAUCAUCGGCGGCGCCAUAACAGGCCUCACACUCGCGCGCUGCCUGGAGAAAGCCGGAAUUGACUACGUGCUGCUAGAAAGGCACAGCGAUAUCCUCACGAACCUCGGCGGAACCCUUGCGCUGCUUCCAGCGGGCUGUCGUGUGCUCGACCAACUGGGCGUAUUUGAUCUUCUUGAGGAGUGUAGGAGCGACCUCCGUGGGCUGGUGACUGCGCUUCCAGACGGGUAUGUCUAUCGCAAGGAGACAUUUGGGUUGUUUGGGCCGAAGCUCGGCUAUCCACUUACAUUACUGCGCCGAAGGGACCUCCUCCAUGCGCUCUACACCUCGCUAGAGGAUAGAUCGAAGAUCCUGCUCGGCGCUAAGGUCGUGGAUAUCGCCCCGCAAGGUGAGCCGGAUGGGCCGUUGUGUGUUACAGCUGACUCUGGCGAGGUAUAUACGGGCGAUAUUGUUGUAGGCGCGGACGGGGUGCAUGGGGUCGUGCGCGAGCACAUGUGGCGCAUAGCUGAGCUCCAACAGACCCCUAGAGGAAAGGCGAGCCAGGUACGGACAGGCACAGAGAAAGGGGGAAUGACGGUGGACUACUACACGAUCCUGGGAGCCACGCCGGCGGCCGAGUGCCCUAGAGGGCUGACGGAGAUGGUCCGGCCGGGCGACAUGCACAUGCGGUGCGACAAGGGUGUACUCCUGACAUUAAUCGCGAAUUCAGACGGUUCGGUGAAUUGGUUUGCGGCAUUCAAGAUGGACCAGACUCGGGUGUACCCUGAUCUCCCGGAGAAGCUCUCGCAGGAGGAAAUCAGGGCCAAGUUGGAAGAGUAUACGCAGCGGAAGGCCUGGGAUGGUGCCGAUUCCAGCGACAUCACUUUCGGGGACCUGUGGAGGGUGAGUCCGUGGGUGUCAGCAACGCACUUACAGGAGGGCUUCUUUGAUACCUGGUCUUGUGGUCGUAUUACUUGUAUUGGUGACACUGUAUUCAAAUUCACGCCGAAUCUCGCACAGGGCGCGAAUCUGUGCAUCGAGUCAGCCGCUGCUCUCGCCAACGCACUGUAUAGGAUCAAGUCCUCAGGUAAUACGACAACUACGGCUAUCCACGAGGCACUGACCGAAUACCCAAAGCCCCUGAAAAGCCGGAUCAAGCAGCUUUGUCUAAUCUCAUACCACACGACGCGAGUCCACCUGCUAGAGUCGAGACUGCUGUGGUACGUGGCCCGCUAUAUUCUACCCUAUGUCAUGGAACCCUGGGUCCAGUAUGGUGUUUUCCUGAGGGAGCAUGGGAUGGCGGUUAUGCUUGACUAUCUGCCGCGCCCGGAUCGAGACAAGAGGGCUGCCGAGGAGCGGGCGAGGGGCUGGCGGAUGUGGAGGGUGGAUGGGCAUGCUGCUCUUAUGGUCUUGGGGAUUGGUGCCCUUUCUUGGUUCUUACGGUAG